GUCAGCGAAAAAUAAGUGAAACAAUUAUCUUUGAAAUUUUCAAUAAAAUUUGGUGAUCGGUGAUAGUGCAUUUUUAACAAAAUAAAGAUGUUUCUAACACGUUCCGAGUACGAUCGUGGUGUGAAUACAUUUAGCCCAGAAGGAAGGCUAUUUCAAGUAGAAUAUGCCAUUGAGGCUAUCAAGCUUGGGUCGACAGCCAUUGGUAUUUGUACUUCGGAAGGUGUAGUUUUGGCUGUUGAAAAGAGAAUUACCUCUCCUUUGAUGGAACCGACAACUAUCGAAAAAAUUGUAGAAGUGGAUAGACAUAUCGCUUGUGCUGUUUCUGGACUGAUGGCUGAUUCUAGAACAUUGGUAGAGCGUGCCCGUGUCGAAUGCCAGAACCAUUGGUUUGUAUACAAUGAGCGCAUGAGUGUAGAAUCUUGUGCACAAGCUGUGUCCAACCUGGCUAUACAGUUUGGAGACAGUGAUGAUGACAGUGGUACUGCUAUGUCGAGACCAUUUGGUGUUGCAGUCAUGUUUGCUGGUAUUGAUGAAAAAGGCCCACAGCUGUUUCACAUGGAUCCUAGUGGUACUUUUGUCCAAUAUGAUGCUAAAGCUAUUGGAUCUGGUAGUGAAGGAGCGCAACAAAGUCUUAAGGAAGUUUACCACAAGUCCAUGACUCUCAAAGAAGCUAUCAAAUCAGCACUUACUAUUUUAAAACAAGUGAUGGAAGAGAAACUCUCUGAGAACAAUGUAGAAGUUGUUACUAUGACUCCAGGAUCAUUCUUCCACAUGUUUACAAGAGAGCAGCUUGCUGAGAUGAUAGCUGCUAUUCCUGAACUUCAAUGGAGCGAAACAAGUUCCAGAAAUACGAUUCAAGAGCUAUCCAGGCUUCGGUUGGGAAGGCAAACCGUUUAAAUUUUACCAAUAUGUAAUACAAAUGUACUUUGAAUAUC